CUAGCUUUAACCACCUGAAUGAACUAAUAUCACAUGCAGUCAAUGCAAACUAGUGUUGUGCUGCUGCUGGUGGUUGAGUGGUGUUUAGUUCUAGACCAGAAGGUUGUCUGUUCAUAGCAAGGUUUGGUUCUGCUAAACUGCCCUGGUUGAAGCCUUCGCUUUAGGAGACAGCUAAAGGAUGGAUGUGUCUAUAGAUGAGAGCUUCGUGAAGGCUGUGGAGCGGCGGCGGGCUGCAGAAGCUGAACGCCGUAAACGCGUCUUCAGUGCAAGGAACCGGGUUAUUGGGUUGGAUGCACAUGUGCUCGAGCAGCAGGUAGCUGAGAGGCGCGCACGUGAGGAUGCGGAGCGGCAGCAGAAAAUGGCUUAUGAUGCACUGUCUCUUUCCAUGGACCAAAAGCUGAUGGAGCAACAAAGAGAGGAGGAGGAACGAAGGAGAGAGUUGGCCCAGGAGCUUGUGCAGUUCUGGGAGAUGUACCAACGCCCUGAGGACUCUCGUGAUGCAGAUAUUAAUUAUAAACACAAAGGAGGAUCCAGUGUCACUUUAGUCGAUCCGAAUUCAUUAGGACCUGCCAGUAUGCAGGUUUUUCAGGGAGAAGGACUUGGGGAAGAUGAAAGGAAGAAACUAAUGAUGGAGCAGAAUGUGAGAACACUGAGAGCUCAAAGGGAGGCACAAGAAAGAUGUCAGAUGGAGCAAAAACACAAAGAGCUGCUUAGAGAUCAGAAUCUGAUCCAACAGGACAUGACAGCAAGACAUCUGGAUUUUCUGGAGGAGGAGAGUAAAAAAGCAGCUAUCAUUGCACUCAAAAGCUACAACCAGGCCCAGGCAGAAGAGAGACUGGAGCGAGAGAGACAAGACAAGGAGAGGCAGGAAGGCUUAAACCUGUCAGAGGUUCUGAGCAUGGUGACCUCCGACUUCUUGACUGAGUGUGCAGAUGCAGCAGUGAAGGAGGGCAUGGGUUCAGCUGACACUCCUCAAACGCUUUCUGAUCGUUGGAAGGGGAUGGGCUCUGAGCAGCGCAGCGCCAUCUACAGACAGAGAGCGGAACAGUGUGCCGAGAAUGAGAGGCAGAGACAGCGAGAGAAGCAGGACAACCUGACAUGGGGUGGGCAGGUGCUGGAGCAGGACAGGCAGCUAGUGGAGGAGGAGAGGAGAAUGAUGGCACUGGAGAGAGAGAGGAGAGCAAAAUUGGACAAAUACAACCAGCAGCUGGCCAGAGAGCAGCAGGCACACCAGCAGUAUCUCGAUACUGAACUUUACACCAACCGGCCCACUCGGUGCUACUUCAGCCAGUUCAACACAAGCUCUCGCUAAGGGUCUCACUGUCAUCAGAUUAAUGUAAAUGUACUAUAUACUCUAUACACAUGCAGUAUAGUAUAGAUUUAUUUUAGGCUUAUUUGUGUUUUAUUUUACUAUGCAGGAAAUCACUCUAGCUAGCAGGAUUGAAACAUCUUUAAACAGACUGUCUGUUUUUAGCACCAGCCUUAUACAUGAUCUUUGCAGGAAGAUUAAAUACUGUAAUCAAGAUUUAAAUAUAUUUAAAUUUGCCGAAGUAUAUUAUAGGCAGGAAAAAAACCUACUUGAUCUCUGAAGGCUUUUCACUGACCCACACACACACACACACACACACACACACACACACACACACUAUCAUUUAAGAGCCAACAUAUUCUUCACCGGAGACUCAAUAAAAUGAUAAAUGAAGACAGAAGCUGUAGCUUGUUCCAUGGAUUUUAUUCUUGAAGCCUUUACAUACAGUGGCUGAUUCAUGAUUCACGUACAGUAUCAUUUUCUAUUAUAAGCCCACCCCAGUCACUGGCCCAGUUCUCCACUCAGUACCACGGCACAGACAAACGCAACAGAAAAGCAACAUGGACAUGGCUAUUCAUCAGUCAGCUACAAGUGCGGUCCUCUCAUUCAUUCAGAUCCAAUUUAUUUGACGUGUCAUUAGAUUUUAUUCAACCAUAAACAAACGUAGGCUAUACAUGAUAUGAGAGAUACGUUGAAUCAAGCAAUGUCUAGUUUUGGAGCUAGAACUGAGCCUAGAGUAUAUUUGAAAUAAUCGGAAACAACAUUAAAGUUCUAGGUAAAAUGUCACAUUAAUAUGACAUACGACAACAGGCAAUGCUGCAGCUACAUCCUUCUGAAAAGCAAAACAGCUCUAUAGUGGAUAUCUGCAUCUCGGACGUAACCAGAGCACGGACGUCUAGCAGCGGUUCGGUUAGUUGACACAGUUCACAUCAUUGUUCCUCCUGUAUGAAAAUAAACGUCUAGGAGAA